UUGAAGUUUGAAUGGAGGGAGGGAGAGGAGUUGUGAAUGGAAACGCUUCAAACGCAGAGGUGAGGUACAGAGGGAUUCGUAGGAGGCCAUGGGGAAAGUUUGCAGCAGAGAUUCGUGACCCUACAAGAAAAGGUGCUCGAAUAUGGCUUGGAACAUUUGACACUGCUGAACAAGCUGCACGUGCUUACGAUGCUGCUGCUUUUCGUUUUCGGGGUCACAAGGCCAUCCUCAACUUCCCUAACGAGUAUGGCCACACCACUCCUAAUCCUAACAUGUUUUCAAAUUCACAGCCUCUUAAUUCUUCUUCUUCUUUUCCUUCGUACUCUGGUGGCGAGGGUUCUUCACAACAACAGCGAAAUGGUGCUGCAACUUUUGAAUUGGAAUACUUGGACAAUAAGUUGUUGGAAGAACUCCUUGAGACGCCUGAUGGAACAGGCAACGACUACAAUUAAAUUAUUAGAGUGGUCCUUCUUUAGGUGCAUUGAUUGACAUGCAGGAAAAAAACUUGUGGCUUCUAUCUCUCCUUUUUUUCCUUUUGGUUCUCUUUAUGUUUCUCAAGUUAAAGCUAUUUCAAACCACAGUGGCUCUAAUCGUAGACUUUAGGUCAUAGAAAUAAACAGAGAAUUAAGUUGUCCUUGAA